CAAAGUAGCGUUAGCUUCAACCCCUGAUCAAUAAUGGCUUUAGUUUACUCCAAACACCCCCACUUCAUCACCCCCACAACAAUUCUCCACUUCUUCUCCUCCUCCUCCGCCGCCGCCGACCCCACCGUCACCUCCGCCGACCCCACCGUCACCUCCGCCGUCACCGUCCUCAAACACCACCGCUCCAAAUCCCGAUGGACACACCUCCGCACCCUCUUCCCUUCCGGCUUCACCCCUUCCCAAUUCUCCCAAAUCACCCUCAAUCUCCACAACAAUCCACAUUUAGCCUUCAAUUUCUUCCAAUUUACCAUCCAACACUCCCUCUGCAACCAUUCCCCUUCAUCCUACGCCUCAAUUAUCCACACUCUUGCCCGUUCCCGCCAUAAAUCUCAAACCCUAACCCUAAUUCAGACUGCUAUUCGCAAGUUUCACGAUCCGAAUGCAGAUUUUGAUUCCAACACGCCGAGAUUGAUGUUUGAGACGUUGGUUAAGACGUAUAGGAUGUUUGAUUCUGCUCCGUUCGUGUUUGAUUUGCUGAUUAAAGCUUGCUUGCUGUCGAAACGUGUGGAACACGCUAUUGAGAUUGUGCGAAUGUUGCGGUCUAAAGGCCUAAAUCCGAUGAUUAGCACCUGUAAUUCGUUGAUUCUGUCUGUUUGUAAACACCAUGGGAGCAUUGCUGGUUACGAGACUUAUACCGAGCUUUUCGAAUCAAGUAGUGAAUUUUCGGGUAAAAAGGUUGCCGGUGUUAAAAUUGUGGUUCCGAAUGUGCAUACUUAUAAUAUCAUGAUGCAUGCUUUUUAUAAAGAUGGGUUGAUUGAGCGGUUAGAGCGCGUGUGGAGUGAUAUGAUUGUGAACAUGUGUGUUCCGAGUGAGUAUAGUUAUAGCGUUUUAAUGGCGGCUUAUUGUGAUGAUGGAAGAAUGGAUGAUGCGACGCGCGUGUGGGAAGAAAUGGGGAACGGGGGUCUAGAGCAUGAUGUUGUGGCGUACAACACGAUGAUCGGUGGGUUUUGUGAAGCUGGAAACGUUCGUAAAGCGGAAGAGUUUUUUAUGCAAAUGGGAUUAAGUGAGAAGAAGAGUAGUUCGGUUACGUAUGAACAUUUGAUCAACGGGUAUUGUAAACUUGGGGAUGUUGAUUCGGGAAUGCUGCUGUUCAAAGAUUUGUGUAGAAAAGGGUUUACGCCGAUUGGGUUUACUAUUGAUUUAUUGAUUAAGGAACUUUGUGUUAAUAAUAUGGUUUCGGAAGCGUUGAUGGUUUCGAGAUUUGCAUUGAAGAACAAUGUGGUUAUUAGUGGUGGAAGUUACGAGUUUUUGAUUAAGGGUUUGUGUAAUGAAGGAAGGAUGGAGGAAAGUAUGAAGGUUCAAGCGGAAAUGGUGGGAAAAGGAUAUGAACCAAAUUCAGAGAUUUAUUCGGCUUUUAUCAGUGGUUAUGAAAAAGAAGGGAAUGUUGAACUAGCGGGCAAGCUAAGGACCGAGUUUCUUGAGAUGCAGUAACCUUUAAACAAAAAUAUGAUUUAUAGAUACAUUCAGUGUCUACAACAAUGUGUGCACAGAUAUGAAUUCUCUUGAUGGUAUCAGGAAAAUCGGUCAAAAUCGUUAAUUGACCAAAAGAGCAUCUCCCUUCACUCUGGUUGGACCUCCUAUUAGAUUGUAUUCCACGAAAUUGCUGAUCAAAGAUGGCUGGACUUUUUAUUAGGAGGGAGAGAGAUGGAUGUAUAUUAUAAAAUUGAACAGUAAACGACAUGAGCAGAAGUGAAUCACUGGAAAAGACUGUUUGAUCAAGCCUAGCACUGGUCCCCCCCUUGAUCCUGGUAACGGUCAAACCUACCUGUGUAUUUUGUUCACUGCUUGCCUAUGUUGUAACAUGACAGUUUUAUAACAAGUACAAGAUGUGUGAUGUUUCGAUAUAGUACAUGUUAUCUUGCUUUUGAAAUCAUGUCAGAAGUUUCAUGUGUUCA